UAAGAGUAUUUACAAUAUACAAGAAUCCAAACUGACCACAUAUAUUUUUUCGAAGAAGCCUGGUUUGCAAAAGAGGACAAUCUAUUAUUUAUUCCCGAAAAGUUUAUUUUUUUAUACAAUUCAUACGAACAAGAUCAAAUAUAAAUGGAAAAAACAUGGUCAUAAAUAGACUUAAGAACCAAUAUAAAGCACGGAGUUUUAGAAAGGGAAGAUAAAAACGAAGUAUUGGCUCCAAAAUGGAAAUAUUUAAUAAGAAAGUAAAUUAUUUCAUCUUAAAAAAAAAUUAAAAAAAAUACAAAAAAGAGGAGUCCCUAUGCGAUUAAUGAGACCUAUAAUACUCGAUAUAUAUAAAAGAACAUACGCAGAUAAUAAAGUGGAAUUUUAAAUAGCUUUAAAAAUAGUAUUUAAAGACAUUAUUCCUUAAAAAUUUAAAUAAAAUUAUGUUUUUAGUCAAGAUAAUCGUCCAAUAGAAGAAAUUGUCAAAAUUAAUGUACUUAGUAAAGAAGGAUAUGAUUCAUUAAAGAGAAUAUUAUGGAUUCUAAAAGAAAUGUAUUAUUAAAUUGAAUAUAAUCCAAUGAUUAUAUAAAUAGCGGCUUUACUAUUGAUUUUUAUUAAAGAAGAAGAAGUUUAUUGUGUACUUAAAUAUAUGGUGGAAGAUUCUAUUAAAUUAUUAACUUAAAACAAUUAAUAAGAUUAAGAUAUAUAAAGAUCAUUAAGAUGGCAUUUUUUAAUGAAUAAAAAUGAUUUUGUAAAAUUUUAAAAUUCUUUUUUUGAUACAUUGGUUGAAAAAAGUGCUACUUUUAAUGAAAUUAUGAAUCAUUUUAAAGAAGUUAAUUUUGAUUAUAUUGAAUAUUUUCUAGAUAUGGUUAAUAAUUUAUUUUAUGGGUAUUUAAACUUUUCAGCUGUUAUAAAAUUUUUUAUAAUGUAUUUAAAUGAAGGAAUGAAAGUUUAUUUUAGGUUUAUGUAUUCUUUGUGUUAUUAUUUAAAAGACGAUAUAUUAAAAGUAAAUUAAAAAAAAAAAAAAAUUAAAAAAAAAAGACAAGAGAUAGAUCAAGAAUAAAAAGCAUAAUAAGAAUAAAAGGAUUAAAUUUAAAUUUAAAAUAAAUAAAAUAACUAAUAUAGGUAAAAAAUAAUAAUAUUAAAAUAAAAAUAAAAAAUAAAAAAAAAAAAAUUAUUAAUAUUGUAGAUAUAUAUAUAAAAAUAUAUAUAAAUAUAUAGAUAUAAAUAUAUAUAUAUAUAUAUUUAUAUAUUUAUAAUUUUAUUUUUUUAUAUAUAUUUAUAUAAAGAAAGGUUUUAGUUUAAGAUUAAAUAAAGUUAACAAAUAGAAUUAAGGAUAUAAUAAUAAUUUAAAUUAAAAAUAUGA